AUGGAUUCCAAAGAAGAUUUCGACCAGGUGUUGACCUAUCCAUCAGACUACAAAACAGUGUCACCUAAGGAUUUUCAAGAUGGCUCUCUAAAGAUGUCGGGUCGCAUUUUGAAUGUGAUGACGCAGUUACCAACUCAAAUUUGCAAGAGGGUUGACAGCGAAGGAAAGGAAUUUUGGGAUUUAGACCACUUGACAGGGAAUUCCGCUUUGUACUCAUCGCAAUACUUUUUGGAUCAAAGAACCGAUUGGGAGACCCAUUUGAUAGCUUGGACUGGAAAUGUUGUGAACAAGACUAGUUAUACAUCUACCAGCAGCGAUAACAUACAAGAUGAUCCGUUGUAUUUGAUCGAGCAUGACAAAAAGGAGAUAGAGUCAAAGAUAAGAAAAGUCAAUAAAUCUGACAGAAUACAUCCAAUCUGGUUGUUGAAGAGGAAUCAACAAAGAUGGAGAAAUUACGCUGAGAAUGUAUUAUGGCCACUAUUUCAUUACAUUCAGGGACAACCCUCAGAUGGCAAACUGGAAGCAAUGGCAUGGCGUGACUACGUUAAGUUCAAUGAAAGCUACUUUAAUGUCAUAAAGUCUAUUUACAAACCUGGUGACAUAAUAUGGAUCCACGACUACUAUUUGUUAUUAUUACCACAAUUAUUAAGAAUGGAGUUUCCCGAUGCUUAUAUUGGUUUAUAUAUGCAUGUGCCGUUUCCAUCCUCUGAAUAUUUUAGAUGCUUAUCGAAACGGAGCCAAUUACUUGAUGGAAUGUUAGGUGCAGAUAAAAUAGCGUUUCAGUCGCAUUCUUUUCAAAGACAUUUCUUAUCAUGUUGCUCAAGAUUGCUAGGUUGUGAAGUUACGUCGGACACCGUAUCUAUAUAUGGUUUUACCAUGUCUGUGGAAACAUUACCAAUUGGAAUAGAUACAAAAAAGAUAGAACAUGAUGCUUUUUCAUCUUCUUUAGGAAUAGAAGAAAAAGUACAGACGUUGAAAGAGAUAUAUGCGGACAAAAAGAUUAUCGUAGGCAGAGAUAGGCUUGAUGCGGUGAGAGGAGUGGUACAAAAAUUAGAAGCAUACGGGAUGUUUUUAGAGAUGUACCCUGAGUGGAGGGACAAAGUUGUUUUGAUUCAAGUCCUGAGUCCUGGUUACUCCCAUUCAGCCCAAGUUGAAAAACAAGUAACUGAACUAGUAAACCAUAUAAACAGCGAAUUUGGUAAUUUAAACUACACUCCAGUGGUCCAUUUUCAGAUGAGAAUCAACAAGGAUGAGUACUUGGCGCUACUUAGAGUGGCUGAUAUGGCUUUGGUCACAGCAGUUAGGGAUGGUAUGAGUACCACAUCAUUGGAAUUCGUUAUUUGCCAAAAAGAAAAUCACUCACCUUUGAUUCUUUCUGAGUUUACUGGCACUGCAUCUGUGUUGAAAGAUGCUAUAUUAGUCAACCCGUGGGAUUCAGUUGGAAUUGCGAAAACGAUUAAUGACAGUUUUUUAAUGUCUGCUGGUAAAAAGAAAAUGCUAGAAGAUAGACUUUAUAAACAAGUGACUUCAAAUACUGUUCAAACUUGGACUUCUAAAUUUUUGUCCCAUUUAAUUGAACAUGUUAUUAAAACUCAUCAACUGAAUCAUACUCCAGCCUUAAAUAAACCCUUGCUUCUCAAAAAUUAUAAAAAUUCCAAAAGAAGGCUAUUUCUAUUUGAUUAUGAUGGUACAUUGACUCCUAUAGUUAAGGACCCUGCUGCGGCCAUACCAUCUUCAAAAUUAAUACAGAUUCUAAAAGCUUUGUCUUCAGAUCCUAAAAAUCAGGUCUGGGUGAUUUCGGGUAGAGACCUGGAAUUUUUAGAGAAAUGGCUAGGGUCGAUGAAUAUCGGUUUAUCCGCUGAGCAUGGAUGUUUCAUGAGAGAUAUUGGAAGCAAAGAGUGGAUUAACUUAGCAGCAUCUUUUGACAUGUCUUGGCAAAUCGAAGUGGAAAAGGUUUUUAGAAAUUUCACUGAGAGGACUCCUGGCUCUAACAUAGAGAAAAAGAAGGUUGCCUUAACGUGGCAUUAUCGCAGAGCUGACCCAGAGUUGGGGCGUUAUCAAGCAGAAAUGUGUAUGAAGGCCUUGAAUGAAACCGUUGCGAAUAAGUAUGAUGUCGAAGUCAUGAACGGAAAGGCAAAUAUCGAAGUAAGACCAAGAUUUGUUAAUAAGGGUGAGAUUGUAAAAAGAUUAGCAUUGACUAAUCAUGGGGAAAAGCAGGAUCCAUCAUCCAUUAAAAAGCACAAAAAGGAUGUGCCCUUGGAAAAGCUUCCUGACUUCAUGCUAUGUCUUGGUGAUGAUUUGACUGAUGAGGAUAUGUUCAAGUCUCUAAAAGUUAUAGAGGCUGAAUGGGAUCUUAAAAAUGUCCCAAAGAAUGCUUAUGGAUCCUACGGCGUAUACCCAGUAGUAGUUGGCCCAGCCUCAAAGAAAACAAUCGCAACUGCCCACUUGACAGAUCCUUCAGAGGUGCUUGAGACGUUAGCAUUGCUCGUUGGUCGAGUAGCUUUACUGGACUACCCUGGCUCCCCAGAUGAUAAAUCUGACUAA